AUGAACGCCUCACGGUCAGUGAGUCGAGCCCUUCGGGCCGCUCACAAGCUGCCCCGCGGCAGCAAACCAUCACUAUGGCGGCCAGCAUCCGUACCCGGACGUCAAAUCCGGCGCUACACCGACGCCGUAGUCUCCGCCGCCGAUCUCCAGUUUGGCCAGCCAGUGCAUGAGACGCAUCCUCACAUCCUUAAUGCGGGCGAGAUCACACCGGGUAUCACAGCCCAGGAAUACUGGGACAGGCGCGCCCGCCUCGCCGAAAAGCUGCCGGAGGGCGGCGUCGCCGUCCUCUCCGCCGCGGACCUCAAGUACCGCUCCGGCGCCGUCUUCUACCCCUACCGCCAAGAGUCGAACUUCCUCUACCUCACCGGCUGGAACGAGGGCGACUCGCUGGCCGUCAUCCAGCGGACCGGCAAGGACUUCGGCGACUUCACCUUCCACCUCUUCGCCCAGCCCAAGAACCCCAUCGCCGAGCAGUGGUCCGGCGCCCGGAACGGCAUCCAGGCCGCCACCGACAUCUUCAACGCGGACAAGGCCGCCGACAUCGCAAAGGUCGACCGCUACCUCCCCGACAUCCUCAAGUCCGCCACCCGCGUCUACACCGACAUCGAGAAGCCGAAGCAGGGCGAGCAGGGCGGCCGGCUGUGGCAGCUCAUGAAGAGCGGCGAGGACUCGUGGUUCCCCUCCGUCAGGCUCCCGCUGUACCCCGUCAUGAACUCGCUGCGCUGCUUCAAGUCCCCCGCCGAGAUCGCAAACAUGCGCCGCGCGGGCCAGAUCUCGGGCCGCGUCAUCACGGACGCCAUGCGCCGGCAGUGGACCCGCGAGAAGGACCUCCACGCCUUCCUCGACUACCGCUUCACCGCCGACGGCCUCGACGGCCCCGCCUACGUCCCCGUCGUCGCGGGCGGCCAGAACGGCCUCUGCAUCCACUACGUCGUCAACAACAACGUCAUGCGCGACGGCGAGAUGGUCCUCGUCGACGCCGGCGGCGAGUACGGCACCUACAUCACAGACAUCUCCCGCACCUGGCCCGUGAACGGCAAGUUCACCCCGGCCCAGCGCGACCUCUACGAGGCCGUCCUGACCGUCCAGCGCGCCAGCGUCGCCCUCUGCCGCGAGGACGCCAACCUCUCCCUCGACGAGAUCCACGACCACACCGCCAGGGGCCUGCUGGAGCAGCUCAAGAGCCUGGGCUUCGACAUGACCAGCCGCGACCUCGACGUGCUGUUCCCGCACCACGUCGGCCACUACGUGGGGCUCGACGUCCACGACGUGCCGGGCUACGGCAGGCGGACGCCCCUGAAGUCGGGCCACUGCGUCACCAUCGAGCCCGGCGUCUACGUGCCGGACACGGACCGCUGGCCGGAGCACUUCCGCGGCAUGGCCGUCCGGAUCGAGGACAGCAUAUGCGUGGACGCCGAGUCGCCGUACGUCCUCACGACGGAGGCCGUGAAGGAGAUCGCGGAUAUCGAGGCUCUGAGGGACUAA